AGGAAUCCUCUUUGCGCGAACCUGUUGGAGCGCCUGUCCUGUCUUUCGCGACACGUGAAAAAGCCCAACCGGAAGCACUGUCACCCCCUUCAUUCAAAAUAGUCACUUUAUUCCUCCAUCGGGACUCUCCUUGGGAUCCCGGACAAGGUUCGAACCGCAUUGGCUUCGUUCGAUGGUCCGACGUACCACCCAAAGGAGCAAAUCCAGUCCUCCCCUACUUCACUCAGCUCGGUCCUCGGGCAGCAUCAGCAAGAGCGUGCCGGUGCACCGGAGCUCCAGGAGCGGCUGAGUCUCAAAGAGAUGGCAGCAACCAAAGCGGAGGUUAUGCUCUCAACCCUGCAGAUAUCCGAGCCUCUGACAUGCUUCUCCCCGCUGGACGGUUAUCCGAAGCUGGAGGAGCUGCAGUUGCUGCUGCAGAACGCCGCAGAGAGUGCCGGUGAACACGGAGGCUAUGGAGAUUUGCUGUCAGAACUGUCAGACCUGCAAAGUCUCCCCCCUCUGACCCCUCGUAUCCCCCCUCUGGCGUACAAUGGACGCUUCACCUUUGAACCGGGUUCCUCCACCUCUGGCAGCGGCAUGUGGCCUGAGCCUCUCCUCAGCCUCUUUAGUGGUUUGGUCAGUGUCACAGCCCCCCCUGCCCCUCCUACAACAUGUGCAGAAGUUCCCGCCUCUUCAUCGCAGGUGACGUUGUCGGUGACUUCGUCAGGGUUCACCCAACCUAGCUUUCGGUCCACCGAUAUCAGCUCGGAGUUCACCGUGCUGCCGCCUGCCAGCUCUGACUCCCAGGUUGCUCCCUUCCUGUCACAAGGGCCUCCUCCGGCCUACCCCACCUCCAGAAUGGGCAUCCAGCCUGGGGUGCCGUUGCUACCGGACUACAUCCUGCCUCAGUUACAGGACAUUGGGCUUCACCUGAACCAGGACCAGAAACCUGUUAUGUCACAAGGUGGGAAUCCCCAACAGCCUUCAUUUACGCCACUCUCCACCAUCCAGGCCUUCUCCUCUCAGUUCCAGAACCAACAAACUGCACAUGCAUGCAAGCUCACAAAGCCAUGCCGUGGCAGGAAGUUAAAUCAUCAGUGCAAAACGUCGCCACAGGAGCGUCCUUAUCUGUGCCCCGCAGAGGGCUGCGACCGCCGCUUCUCCCGCUCGGAUGAGCUAACUCGCCAUAUGCGUGUCCACACGGGCCAGAAACCCUUUCAGUGUCGUAUUUGCAUGCGCAGCUUCAGCCGAAGUGACCACCUGACCACUCACAUCCGUACACAUACGGGGGAAAAACCAUUCGCCUGUGCCGAGUGCGGGCGCAAGUUUGCCCGCAGCGACGAGCGCAAGCGGCACACCAAGAUCCACCAGAGGCAUCGGGAACGGAAAGUGGACAGGAAUCCUCCUGCUCCCUCCCAGACUCCUCCUACUUCCUCUUCAGCAUGCUCCUCCUCCUACUCUUCACCUGCUCAUAGUUCCGCCUCCCCCCCACCGCCCGCACUCUUUCCCCAGUCAUCACUAAAUCUACAGCCAUCCUUCCCGAGCUACCCCAACCUGUACUCCUCUUCCUCCAGCUGCUCCUCUCCUCCUUCAUCAGAUCGGCCGCCCAGCAUUGCCUCUCUACACAACAUCUGCUAAAAAGGAAGACUUGACCUCUGACCUCUCACUGAAACAGUGCAGAAAGUUCAAGAACAAUCAGCAAUUUGACAUAAAAUUGUUAUCUGAAUGUAAAUAUAUGCAUAUAAUUAUUUUUGUACAAAUGUUAUGCGCAAUAUUUAUCUACUGUGUAGGUUUGUUUGUUCACAUGCAGGUAUGUGGCUUGAUUUUUUUAUAUCAAAUGUGUUUCUUAACAGGAACAAUAAUAAAAUGUCAAUC